AUGGCAUCAUCAUCUUCUUCUUCUGAGAGUGAUCCAUGUCCUCAACGGAAGUACAAGUACGAUGUGUUUCUAAGUUUUAGAGGCAAAGAUACUCGCAGAAAUUUUACGAGUCACUUGUAUGAACGUUUGGAUAACAGGGGAAUAAUCACCUUUCUAGAUGAUAAAAGGCUAGAGAAUGGUGAUUCCCUCUCAAAAGAACUAGUGAAAGCUAUAGAAGAGUCUCAAGUUGCCGUAAUCAUUUUCUCAAAGAAUUAUGCUGAGUCGAGGUGGUGCUUGAAUGAACUAGUGAAGAUCAUGGAAUGCAACGUGAAAGAUGGACAAUUAGUCAUACCAGUCUUCUAUGAUGUGGAUUCAUCACAUGUUCGAAACCAAAGUGGAAGCUUUGCAGACGCAUUUACCAAACACAAAUUGAGGUAUGAGAAUGAUGAUGAAGGAAUCCAAAAGGUGCAAAGAUGGAGGACUGCUCUAAGAGAUGCCGCAGAUUUAAAAGGAUAUGAUAUCCGCGAUUGGAUUGAAUCUGAAUGUAUUGGGGAUCUUGUUAAUAGAAUUUCGCCCAAAUUACGUGAGACUUCUUUAUCUUAUUUGACAGAUGUUGUGGGAAUAGAUGCUCAUUUAAAGAAACUCAACUCCCUUCUAGAGAUGAAAACAAAUGAUGUUCGGAUUGUGUGGAUCUGGGGAAUGGUGGGAGUUGGUAAAACGACUAUAGCUAGAGCUAUUUUUGAUUUACUCUCAUCUAAAUUUAAAUUUGACGGGGCUUGUUUCCUUCCGUACAAUAAAGAAAACAAGUAUGAAAUACAUUCUCUGCAAAGUAUUCUUCUCUCUAAACUGGUUGGGGAAAAAAAAAGUGUGCAUGAUAAGGAGGAAGGGAGGCACCUGAUGGCUCGUAGACUUCGUUUGAAGAAGGUUCUAGUUGUGCUUGAUAACAUAGAUCAUGAAGACCAAUUGGAUUACCUUGCAGGGGAUCUUGAUUGGUUUGGUAAUGGCAGCAGAAUUAUUGCAACAACUAGGGACAAACAUUUCAUAGGGAAAAACGAUGCUGUAUAUCCUAUGACUACACUACUUGAACAUGAUGCUAUUCAGUUGUUCAACCAAUAUGCUUUCAAAAAUGAAGUUCCAGAUAAGUGUUUCGAGGAGAUAACGUUGGAGGUAGUAAGUCAUGCAGAAGGCCUUCCUUUAGCCCUGAAAGUGUGGGGUUCUUCCUUACAUAAGAAGGAUAUACAUGUGUGGAGAAGUGCUGUUGAUCGAAUAAAGAGGAACUCUAGUUCAAAAGUUGUUGAAAACCUCAAAGUAAGUUAUGAUGGGUUGGAGCGUGAAGAUCAAGAGAUAUUUCUAGACAUUGCAUGCUUCUUAAGAGGGAAAAAACAAACCAAAGUCAAGCAAAUUCUUGAGAGCUGUGAUUUUGGAGCUGAUGACGGAUUGAGGGUGCUAAUUGACAAGUCUCUUGUGUUCAUCUCUGAAAAUGAUAUAAUUCAAAUGCAUGAGUUAAUACAAGAGAUGGGAAAAUACAUAGUGACAUUGCAAAAGGAAAGGGGAGAACUCAGCAGACUAUGGCUCUCCCAAGAUUUUGAAAAAUUCUCAAAUGCAAAAAUACAAGGGACCAAGGCAAUCGAAGCAAUCUGGAUACCAGAAAUUCAAGACCUAAGCUUUAAAAAAAAGGCCAUGAAAGACGUGGAAAAGCUUAGGAUAUUAUACAUCAAUGGUUUUCAUACACAUGAUGGCUCCAACGAUCAGUACCUUCCCAGCAACUUGCGUUGGUUCGACUGUUGUAAGUAUCCUUGGGAAUCAUUGCCAGCCAAAUUUGAUCCUGACAUGCUUGUUCAUCUUGAUCUCCAGCAGAGUUCACUGUUUCAUUUAUGGACCGGAACAAAGAAAUUUCCUUUUCUACGGAGGCUGGUUCUCAGCCGCUGUGCAAACCUGAUGCGAACACCAGAUUUCACGGAUAUGCCAAAUUUGGAGUAUUUGGGUUGCUCUAAUUUAGAGAAAUUUCCGAGGAUCCGGGGAAAAUUGAAGCCGGAGGUAAAGAUUCAAGUGCAACGUUCUGGGAUAAGGAAACUACCAUCAGCUAUUAUUCAGCACCAGUCUAGUCUUACAGAACUAGAUUUGAUUGGCAUGCAAAACCUUGCAACACUUCCGUGCAGCAUUGGCGAGUUAAAACGUUUGGUGAAGCUAAAAUUGUCCGACUGCUCAAAACUCAAAAUCUUGCCAGAAGAGAUAGGUGAUUUAGAAAACCUGGAGAUACUUGAGGCCAGAUGUACUCUAAUCUCACAACCUCCGUCUUCCAUCGUCCGCUUGAACAGGCUUAAAGUUUUGACUUUUGCAAAACAAAAAUCAGAAGUAGGCCUCGAAAACGGAGUGUACUUUUCGUUCCCUCGAGUGAAUGAAGGAUUGCGCUCAUUGGAACAUCUGGAUCUCAGUUACUGCAAUCUAAUAAAUGAAGGACUUCCAAUAGACAUUGGAUGCCUACACUGUUUGAAAGCGUUGAAUCUCAGGGGAAAUAAUUUUGAGCAUUUGCCUCAAAGCAUAGCCCGACUUUGUGCUCUUCAAUCCUUGGACUUAUUAGAUUGUAAGAAGCUUACACAACUGCCAGAAUUUCCAUGGCAAUUAGACACAAUAUACGCCGAUUGGAGCAAUGAUUCAAUCUGUAAUUCAUUGUUUCAGAAUAUCUCAUCAUUCCAGCAUGACAUCUGUGCUUCAGAUUCCUUGUCACUAAGAGUGUUUACCAAUGAGUGGAAAAAUAUCCCAAGAUGGUUCCACCAUAAGGGAAAAGAUAAAAGUACAUCAAUCGAAUUGCCUGCAAAUUGGUAUGCAUGUGAUAACUUCUUGGGAUUUGCUGUAUGUUACUCUGGCUGCUUAAUAGACACCACAGCUCAAUUGUUAUGUGAUAAAAUGAUGCCGUGUAUCACGCAGUAUCUUGCCUUAUCCAAUCAGUCAGAAGGAUUUCUAGAAUCUGCUAUUCAUUUUUUCUUGGUACCUCUUGCUGGAUUGUGGGAUAUAUCUAAGGCAAACGGAAAAACACCAAAUGAUUAUAGGCACAUUAAGUUAUCUUUUUCAGAAGAGAUGAAGGAGUUUGGACUUCGUUUGCUGUAUAAAGAUGAAUCUAAGCUUAAGGCCCUGUGUAAAAUGACGGGAAAUAAUGAUGAACCAACAGAACACUGCAUCGUGAAAAGGAGGGUCUCUUCACAAACUUUGCAGCUCUUGUCUCUCUGGUUCUGCCGAGCCAUGGCCUGUGCAGCUGCUAAGGAGUUUGCGCGGCAAUUGCCACGGUUAACUAAGCAGGAGCAAGAGACUGAAGAUGUUGACAAUGUGAGCAUUUUUGGACCAUAG